CGGCUCGCAACUGCUCUCCUACCAGCUGCAGGCGAUGUUCAUGAAGAAGGCCUUGGCCCUGCUGCGCGGAUGGGUGCUGCUUUUGGUGCACUUCUUGCUUCCCGUCCUCUUUCUCAUCAUAGCCAUCCUCAUGGGACGCAUGUGGGAAGUAGUGACCACCCUUCCUUCAAGAGACAUCAGUCUUCAGGAAUACACAGAGCCGAGAACCGUUCUGGCAAAACCUAAUGGCUUCAGUAAUCAAAUAGUUUCUGAUUUCAUUAACACUGCUUCUGAAAAUUACAAAAAUACAGCAAAAGACAGCAAUUUAACUCUUCUAGAAGAUGAAAACCCGGAAAGACGUGUUCAUUUAUAUUUAUUGGAUGAGUUUAGAAAAAAUGAGGCAGAGACUCGUCGAUCGCUAAUUGCUGGUGCAUCUCUUGAUGUAAAUAAUACUUUUGCGAAUUUUGUUGGAUGGUUCAAUGACCAACCUUAUCAUUCUGCACCUCUAGCUCUGAACUUACUGUACAAUGCUUUUCUAAAAGCCGUUGAUGUAUCAUUAGACCUCAUUAAUUACCCUCUGCCGUAUACACACGAAUCACAGGCUUCUUUGAUUGAAAAUGGAAACAGCAUCGGUUUUCAAAUUGCCUUUAACUUCGGAUUUAGUAUGGCUUUUGUAGCAUCGUAUUACAUCUUGUUCCCGAUAAAGGAGCGAAUCAGCAAAGCCAAGCACCUACAAUUUGUCUCUGGCGUAAAUGUUAUUGUGUUUUGGGGAGUACAUCUACUUUGUGACUUUGUGUCAUUUUUGCUCCCUGCCCUGGGAGUUAUCAUCACUCUAGCUGCAUUUCAAGAAGACGGUUUUGCAACUUUUUCACAACUAGGAAGAACAUUUGCAGUAUUACUUUGUUUUGGGUGGGCCAUGUUACCAUUAAUGUAUUUAUCAUCGUUCUUCUUCACAAUACCAGCAAGUGGGUACACAAGAAUGGCAAUUUUCAAUCUCUUUAUAGGAAAUGCUGGACUGAUGGUGGUGUCAAUAUUACAGAUUCCUGGCAUUGACCAACAAAAUGUUGCUAAUAUUUUACAACAUAUUUUAAUGAUAGUUCCUCAUUACAGUAUGGCAGAUGCCAUUUCAUCUCUAAGCACCUACAGCUCGUAUGUAGACAUUUGUAUUGAGUUCAAACCAGCAUGUGAUAUACCAAAUUUUUGUUGUCCGGAUAAUUGUCCAUCAACUGGCUGUGUGUCCGUACCAGCCAAUUAUUUCCAAUUUGGUACGCCAGGCAUUGGAAAACAUAUUUUAUAUUUACUUGGUAUGGGAUGUGUCUUCAACAUUAUUCUUCUCUUAGUUGAGUUCCAUUGUUUCGAUUGGUUGAGGCCUUCAUCAGGAGGUCCAGCCAGAAGACAGAAAAAACAAGGAGAGGAAAUCUCACCAGAAGAAGAAAUAGAUUCAGAUGUAUUAGAGGAAAAAGAGAAAAUUUGUUCAUCUGAAAUUCAAGAACUCACCAACAAUUUCAGUCUUGUUCUCAGGGAUGUUACAAAAUAUUAUGGAAGAUUUUUAGCUGUGGAUCACAUCUGCAUUGGAGUGAAGAAGGGAGAGUGUUUUGGCCUUCUAGGAGUUAAUGGGGCGGGGAAAACUACAACAUUCAAGAUGAUGACAGGCGAUGAAAACCACAUAAAACAAGGUCGUGAUCCAUCAGUACAUCAGUUAAUUGGGUACUGUCCUCAAUUUGAUGCUCUAAUUGAGGAAAUGACUGGUCGGGAGACCCUACGAAUGUUCUGCUUAUUACGAGGAAUUCCUGCAGGUCAAAUAUAUAAAAUAUCACAAGAUCUAGCUGAUGAAUUACUUUUUACUAAACAUCUUGACAAAAAAGUCAAGGAAUAUAGUGGCGGUAAUAAACGGAAACUCAGUACGGCAGUGGCUUUGAUUGGAGAUCCUCCUGUGGUUUUUCUGGAUGAACCAACAACUGGGAUGGAUCCGGUGGCUAAGCGACAUCUAUGGAAUGUCAUCUGCAAAGUUCGUGACAGGGGCAAGAGCAUUAUUCUCACUUCUCACAGCAUGGAAGAAUGUGAAGCCUUGUGUACUAGAUUAGUCAUCAUGGUAAAUGGAACCUUCAGAUGUCUGGGUUCCACUCAGCAUUUGAAGAAUAAGUUUGCUGAAGGUUAUACACUUAUCAUCAAAGUGGGUAAUCCCUCACCUUCAUCUCCGGUAUCAAGAACUUUCUCUGUAACUUCGAUAAGUUCGCUUACCCCAGAUGUAACUGCUGUUAAGAACUUUGUGGACGCGACUUUUCCAGGUGCUCUCCUGAGAGAAGAUUUCAUGGGUCUUUUAACAUAUUACAUUCCAAGUUCAACUCUUACUUGGUCUCAGAUGUUUGGAAUUAUGGAACGUGCAAAACAGGAACUACACAUCGAAGACUACUCUCUUGGACAGACAAGUCUAGAACAGGUUUUCUUGAGUUUCACUAAAUCUCAAGUGGUGGAAACCAUUCUUUAGCAUUUUACUUUGUGUAAUGCAAUUUGGAGUGAUCAAAGACAAUAAUUUGUAUAUUUCUAAAUAAACGAACAGAAUGAAAGUACACUGAGAAAAAUGAAGAAUGUUUCCUCAAGUUGAGCAUUCGUAAAUAUGUUGUGCUGAAAGACAGUGAAAUUGAAAAUAUCAUCCAUAAAUGGACAUUCAAAACUGCAGGAGGGGCAAAUAGAAGAUUGAAUAGUGGAACGAAUUCCAUAUUCGGUUACAUACCACACUUUGAAUAAAUUCUAAGUAUGCUUUGCAGAUUUUUUUCGAAUUUCUGUCAUUUCAACACUCCAGAGUGAGGAAAUCAUAAAUAAAGCCCCUUAUAUGGAUUGCGUGUUUCCCUGGUAAGAAUAAUUUUAGAUGCUUCUUCAGCAGGGAACAUUGAGCUCUCUGUGGGAAGGGAAAACCCUCAUUUCUCGGUCAUCCAUUUCUCUUUUAAAAAAUUGAGAAAGAAAAGAUCAAAAAAAAGUUUCUACUCUUCUCUCAUUUUCUCCUUCAGAAGACAAAUUCAGAUAGUAUGUGGCAAUUGACUUCCCUGUGAAAUGCUACUCAUCAUCUUGGCUGUUUUGUGUUUAGUUAGUGUUACGUUCAAGAUAAAUGUUGUCUUCACUCGUGUGCAUUAAUGUUCAAAUAUUUAAAAAAAUAAGCGAUCCGGAAGUGAUGUAGUAUUCAAUUAUUUAAUUUUUAUUACAUUAUUUAUUUUAAACUUCCUUAAUUUUAAAAAUUAAAUUAAUAAGUUGUAAAUUAAGGUUAAUCUCAAUGUAAGAACAUGAAAACUAGAUAAGCUUAACACACAAACAUUCAUUAGAAACAAUUUCAUCCGGAUUUCUUAAAAUCACUGUCAUAUGAAUAUUGUUUUUGUUACAUAUUUUAUUUUCUUGUUAAACCAAAAUUAACUUUUUGUCAAUAAUUUAUUAAAGAUAUAAUAUUUUACAAUAUUCUUUUUUAAUACUUUUGUUUAACUAUAGUAUGUACAAAUGAAAAUAAAAUAA